UACAUUUUGAGAAUGGCAAACUUAUCGCUAAUUGGACGAGACACCUGUCAAUCAAGCGAUUACGGGAAGUACCGACUAGAGAGGUUAGAAAACCGUUUUUGAACGUGUGGUGUGAGUAUGUGUGAAUAUGUAUUGUCCUUUCUGUGGAUUAAAAUAUGGCGUCCUUCCAAAUUUCUGCAAUUCAUGUGGAAAAAAUCUCGAGGUUUUAAAGGAGACACGACAGAAAACGCCCAUGCCAAAGACCGUGACAGGUACAGGUGUAGACUCAACACCUGCGCCCAAUUUGAAACAAUUUUUGGAAUACCGAAAUCUGAAAUCGAAGGAAAGAACGAACUUUUCCUUGGGAAAGAAAGGAGGAAGCAAACAAGAGCAGAAGAAAGUACAGAUUAAUAUCGGUAUAAUGUGUCUACAGAGUGGCUACUUAAAACCACAACGUGGGAAAACACUCCCCUUAUUCGUGGACCCACUAAUAACUGCGAAUGGUCUCCUCAUGAUGGCUGAAACAAAAUUGAAAAACUUCAAUAAAGACAUGGAAGAAGGACCCUACAUACUUCUAUACCCAGAUGGCUCUGAAGUCAUUAAUAUUCCAGGGACACAAAUGCCAUUCACCUUGAAAGAUUACAAAACAGAAAUUGGAAAGCAAUAUUCAAGGAUAAACUUGUUUAUUUGCAGACAGAAAGACUUUAUAGAACAGGUUCUCAGUUCAGAAUCUGACUCCGAAGUUGUCAUAACCCGGAAAACUGAUGAAUCUAGCCUGGCUGACACACUGCCAAUAAUACCUCAACAUACAAGCACGCCACAAGACCGCAUGAACAGUAAAAUUGAUUCUACCGUGGAGCCGUCUCAAGGAAGUGGACAAGGACAUGUUGAAGAGAUAAUGCUCUCAGACUCAGAGGAUGACCGUCCAGGUACUUCCGCCCAUGUUGCGACGCAGAACUGGUGUUACAGAAAAUACAUGGAAGUGUAUGCACCUGUGACUACUGAAGAAGACGAUGAGCUAUUAAUCACAGCACACGGUCUUGACCUCCCAGUACCAAUAGAGGAACAAAACAGUGUAACAGCUCCUGAUAUUAUUUCAAAUCUGGCCCUUGUUAUUGAUCGAAAAAGUGUCAGCAGAUUCAACAUAACGAGAUCCAAUGUGUGGGAUGGGGCAGUCAGAGGAUUUAAACGCGUCUCAUACUCGGAAUUCAAUGACAUUUUUGUGAAGUUCUCUGAUGAUGCUGGCUUGUUGGAAGAGGGUCUUGAUACAGGGGGACCAAGAAGGGAACUUCUCACUUUACUAAUGAGCUGCCUGCAGAAUCGGCCCAUUUUUGAUGGACCUCCCUAUAGACGCUACCUGGUAUACAAUUCAGUUGCUGUUAGGGAGGAUGAGUAUUUCUUGGCAGGGAAAAUGAUUGCAGUGUCAAUAGUGCAUGGUGGACCAGGGCCCCAUUUUCUUUCUAAAGACCUGGUAAACCACAUUGUAGGCCAGCCCUCUUUCAGCGCCACUUUAGAAGAUGUCACAGAUGAGGGUGUAGUGAAAGUGCUGCGAGAGAUUCAGAUUGCAACUACUUUGGAGUCACUACAAGAACUAAUCUUGAAAAACAGCACGCUGCUCCAAACAGCUGGGUGUUUUCGAUGCGUGAAGAGCAUUGAGGAGAAACACAGAAUUGUGGAAGAAUACGUCAGGUGGUAUGUGAUAGACAGAAACCACAGUGUUAUUAAAAGAUUUAAAGAUGGACUUGCCACACUGCAGUUUCUGACAGCACUUAAGCAGCAUCCAAGUGUUUUGGCUUCUUACCUCUGCCACACUGACAAGAAGCUGACCGCGAGCGAUUUGGAAAGCCUCUUCAAAGCAGAACUCAGCCCAGUGGGUAGUAACCAGAGGCAAGAGGAAUCCAAGACGCUUUGCUUUUGGUCAGACUAUCUCCUCGACUGUGAAGGCUUCUAUGAUAUUGAAACAUACCGGCCCAGAAAGUAA